AUGCCUUUAAGAGAGUUCAAGAUUGUUGUUUUAGGUUCCGGAGGUGUCGGUAAAUCUGCCCUCACUGUACAAUUUGUCCAAGGUAUUUUCGUAGAGAAGUACGAUCCAACUAUUGAAGAUUCAUAUAGAAAGCAAGUCGAAGUCGAUGGUAACCAAUGUAUGCUCGAAAUUCUGGAUACUGCUGGUACUGAACAAUUCACUGCUAUGAGAGAUCUUUAUAUGAAGAACGGUCAAGGUUUCGUGCUCGUCUACAGUAUCAUUUCAAAUUCAACAUUCAACGAACUUCCAGAUUUGCGUGAACAAAUUUUGCGUGUAAAGGAUUGUGACGACGUCCCAAUGGUUUUGGUUGGUAACAAGUGCGAUCUCAACGACCAACGUGUCAUCUCUAAUGAGCAAGGUGAGGAGUUGUCAAGAAAGUUUGGUGGAUGUGUAUUUUUGGAGGCAUCAGCCAAGAACAAGAUCAACGUCGAACAAAUUUUCUAUGAUUUAAUCCGUCAAAUCAAUCGUAAAAACCCAGUCGGUCCAUCAUCUAAACCAAAAUCCAAAUGUGUCUUAUUUUACAUUGGAGCAGUACUGUAUUAUUGUGGUCUCAUUACAAUUGUGACCAUCGAUUAUUAUUGUGAAUCUUGGUUGAUCGAGCCAAAUGAUUUAAAUAUUAUAAUAAUAAGUAGAUAUGAAUUCCUCUACUUUGUGAAAUUUUAA